AGUACGGCUGAAGUUGUGGGGGAGGAGGCUGGGAGCGGGCUGAAUGAGAGAAAAGGGGUAUACGGAGUAUAUACAGUAUGUUAGGCAGGUGCUUCGGCUUUGGUCCAACCCCUAGUCUGCUUUCCACGCGGGGACUUGCCUGUGCUGGCACAAUUGGAACCGGUCUCGCCGGGCUGAAGAUGGGUAAGAGAGUUUGCCGACUCGGUGAUGGCAAGUUAAUGGUAAUGGCCAACGUUUUAUUAUUGCCGUAGAAGAUUGUCAGUGGCGCUUGGCUGGUAGUACGGGCCAACGACAAGCUGAGCUGGAACAACAUUUUCCCGAUCGCCACCCAGGUCCUAAGCUACCGAUCUGACGCAGGUGACGCCCUGCUGUGCGACUCGGAAACAGCCCACGCAUCACCACCACUAGGUUGAGGACAGAACAAAGGAUAAGGAAGCUAUUCAUUCACUCUGCAUGACCUCUGUCCGAACGACAGUACCGGUAUUAUCACCAUUGCCAAGCAAGAACGCAAGAUCACACAUACCCACCUACCAACCUACAACAACAGCCCACACAAUGGCACCACCAGGCCGCACCUCCCCGCCACCCGCGGGGUCCAACUCAGACACCACGCCUGUGCCCGCGAACUCGGGAUCGCCAUCAGAUAACACCGCUACAGCACAAGAUGCGCCUCCCUCCCCGCGCGCGGGAUCAGUGUCCGCGGCCACGACGUCGUUGCAGGCUACUGCGGCCGUGAAUGCCGGGUUAGCGCAGGAGGACUCCCGACGCUCCUCCAUCUCCUCAUCACGCCACACCAGCCGCCGCCGCUCAACAGUCCUCAUGAACCUCGCGCACAACAACCCGAGCGUGCCGGCGCCGGGCGAGAUGGUGCACGAGCCGCAUGCGCAGACGGGGUUGGAGGCGUCGCCGAGGCUUGGGGCUGCGGGGGGGGUUGGGGUGGGGGAUCCGCAUCAUUUGAGGAAUCCGAGUUUGGGGGAGAUUCAUCAGGAGUUGGAACAAGAGCAAGAGGCGCAGGUUAACCGCCUCCUCCAAAUGAUCCGCGUCCAACAACACCAACUCCAAUCCCUCCGCGCCACCUCCAGCCUCUCCCCCACCACCUCCGCAACCGACGACUUCUUCCCCUCCGAGCCCGUAACCACAACCGGCACCACCUCCUCCUCCGCCCUCGCCACCCCUCUGUCCAUCCCGCGCUCCCCAACUUAUUCGAUGAGCGCGGGCGUGGGCCAGCACCCGCGCAGCUCGUUUGAUCUCGCGCGCGCGGAUUUGCAGAGGAGAGAAAGAUCGAGGACACCGAGUCGCCAUGCGAGUCCGAGACAGGGGUCGACGGCGGGGUUGGCGGAGGAGGGGUUGGGGAGGGAUGAGAGUGCGUUUUAUCAGGCGGAGACGCAUAUGCUUGUUAGGGAGAAUCAGAUGCUUAGGUUGAGGAUUAGGGAGUUGGAGAGGCAGGUAGCCGAAACCAGCGCCCACUCGACACUGACGCGCGAGCCUAGCUUGCCAUCCAAUCUGCUGGUUGAGCGGAGCGAGGCGGAUGUUACCCCGCGACCUCAGCAGACGGAAGAGAAGACCGAGUAAGCGGGCGCUUUCGAUUUCAAAUUUGACGCUGCUGGGUUGGGAAGGGGAGGCUUGCUUGGUUUUUUGUGCUUGUAGGAACAUCAGUUGGGGAUACUGCUGGCGUUUGGUUUUGAGUUUGGGGGAAGGAUAUGGGCUGGGACUAGACGGGGGAAGAUGCGGAAGUGUAAUUGUAGGGUUGGGCGCACUCGCUACUUUGACUUGGGAAUACAG